CACGCCCCCAGCCCUGGGUCACCGUCCUGCAGCCCCUCUCAUGGGCCGUCCCACCUGCGCCCCUGCAGCCAGGCCGUGUGAAGGAAGACCUGCUGGAGCUGAUGAUGCUGCAGAACGCGCAGAUGCACCAGCUGCUGCUGAGUCGCCUGGUGGCCGGGGCGCUGCAGCCCGGGCCCGCCUCGCCCUGCCCUCAGGUGUGUGUGGGUGGGCCACCGGGGUCACUCACCUGCGGGUCCAGGGAUGGGGAUCCAGCUGGGGUUCCUGUUCAGGGGGAAGAACUGGGAGACAGAGGAGCAGGAAGCCAGUCUGUCUCUCUGGCUGGGGCUGCUUGGCAACUGUUAUGUAUCAGGCCUGUUUCAGUAUCCAUGAAAGGUCUACCUGGAGGUUCCGCAGGAAGAGCCUGAGGAGGAGGAGGAGAUGGACAUGCAAGAGAAAGGGCUUUUGGUGUUUCACCACCAUUACCUGUCCUACCCGAUGCCCUCCCCGAGUGCCCUGCUGCCCUGGCCGGCCCCCUUCUUCCCUGGCCCCUUCUUCCCCACUCCCGCGUGUCAGCCCCACUUGCAGGAUGCGCCCAGGAUUCAGCACUGGCCUCCUGCCUCCAGGGAAAGGGAGGCGAGGGCUGUGCCCCCACCCCCACCCCCCAGUGCCACAGGGACUGUGGGCGCUGAUGUACCGCCGGCUUCAGGUAGGCUGGGGUGGGGGGCAGCGGGGCCCAGGCCUGGGAGUGAAUCAGGAGGCCAGGAGGGCCCGGGUGCCCUCCAGCCGGGGUUGGGGGUUUCCUACCAUCACUGCUGCAGGCAACUGGCCUGUCCCCCUCCCUUUUCCUCUUUGGGGUCCACUGAGGCAGGAAGGAGUCAAGAUGAGGCUGCUGUUUCCCCAGACUACUAUGAUGCCGAGAGCCUCCUGUGAGGACAGACGCUGGCCCGGAGACCUGCACCAGCUUCGCGCUCCGUGGGCGCGAUACAGCCGUGGGCCCCUCCUGCACCUCCCUCUCCUCCUCUGUGCCCAUGGCUGUCGGUCCUUCUCAUUCCCUCAGCCUCAGCCAGGCCCUCUUCUCCUGGGGAAUCAGUCCCUGCUCCACCCCCAGGAGUCGCUGGAUGGGCCUGAUCUGUGCCAUGGUGUCAGAGCUCAGGCAGCACCCAGGCCCUUGAAGCCACAGUAGCCGCCUCUGCCUCACCGCUUCCCACCUGGAGCAGGGGGAGGCCUGGGAACACAGCCCCCGCCCUCUCUCCCUCACCCCUCUCUCUGGGAUGAUGAAGUCUCCUUCCAGCCUAGUAAUAGAGCCAGACGGGAGUGGGGGUUGCUUCUGUUUUCCACAGCUUUGAAGGCCCCUUGGAGGUGGCUGGAGGGGCCCAGAGUAGUGGGGGAGACCUGGGCCCCCACCCCUCGCCCCAGGAAGCGGUUCUGUUGGCAGAAAGGAGAGGUCAGAACUUUGUCCUGCUGUGGCCAGAGGUCUCCUGGGGCCAGAACACAGUGUCCUCUGCCUGCCGGGCCAGGGUGUUUUCCCCACCCUCCCUCAGUAGGAAUGAGCUACUUAGGCCAGAUGGGGGCCUGGGUGGGAAGGGAGGCAUCUGGGGAAAGGGGUCCCCCUGUGGUGGCUCCCCUCCCUGGCUGUUGUCAUCCCUGGAGGAGACACUGUGGGCACAGGCUCAGUCCAGGAGUGUGUAUUCAGGCUAGAAAAGGCGAUGUCCCUAGAGUCCUCUGCUGCCUGUCACAGUCCUUCGCCCAGAGCUGGACCUCAACUCUGAGGAGCCACACUGAGUUCCAGUGGCCACCAUGGCGGUAGCCACGCCACUCAUGCCUGCUAUGCCCAGAAGGCCUGAGGCAGCCUCCUCCAAGCUGCUCGCACCCUGUAGGUGCCUGUCCGCCGCUGGCGCCAGUGCUGGCUGAUGAUGAAGCAGAGUAGGACGGAUGUCACAAACAGGAACAGCAGUGCUGACACCACCGAGAUGAUGAUGAUCAUCUGGCUGUCCGGGACGGGCUCUGGGGAUGGAAGGGCAAGGGUCUUAGACGUCCAGUGAUCCCAGGUACCAGGGACCAAAAGAGAGUGGAAGUCGACCCCCUACCUGGCCCCCAGCCCCUGCCGCCCGCUCAUCCAUCCUGCAGUCACCCCAGGUUGUAGAGAUGAGUGGCGAAUAGUGUCUGCAUUAAAAUUAUUAUCUGGAAGAAAGGUGGCCCUGGGCUCAGGCUACCAGCGGACUUCUGUGAGACUGCAAGGGCAGAUGUCCCCUUGUCAGCAGCCCUGGGACCAGUGUAUAGCUGCUGGACACCAUGGCCUGGAGGGUGGCAUGGUCCCAGCCAAGCCCCUUCUCAGGCAGAGCUGAGUGAGUUCAUGCCAAGCUCCCUGAGGACAGGGAAUGUGCCGGCCAUGCAGAGCCACCAAACAGCAGAGCUCUGGGGACCUCGGGGGGCAGUCAGGUCAAACUUCUCAUUGUAGAGAGAAGCCAAGGCCAGGAAGAGCGGUCAAGGCCAUGGGCUCCAUGGUGGCCAAGGAACUAGUUGAGCUGUCCUGACCUCUGGAACUGUUGGGGCCCAAGCUAGGGAUGCAGAGAGAACUUGGGGGAAGAGGGAGUAAGAGGGAAGCCUCGGGGCAAAGGGUGGGGGCCUGGGUGUGCUUCCCAAGUCGGGCUCGAGGCUUUUCUUCCCCCACAGGGCUGAGAGUGCCUUCUCACUCCCCCUCCAUCCGUGGAGCCCCCUCACCAUAGAUAAUCAGCAUCUGCGGUUCUGAGUGUUUGUGAAAGAUGUCGCCACCGCGAGACAGCAAGUCCAGCACGGCCAGGCAGGAGAAGUUGCGGUGACGGUCCUCUCUGUGAGCCGUGCUGUUGAAUGUGGCUGUGGCCUCCUGCAGGGCAGGGGCUCCCUUCCCGAAGGUCUGACUGUGCAGAGUCUCAUUGCCACGGAACAGGAAGAGGGUGAGGCUGUCCAGGGGCUCCACGGCGGGCACCCUGCACUCAAUGGUGAAGGACUUGCCCACGGUCACCCACGUGGGCUGCAGCGUCAGGAUGACCUGCGUUGGAGGCUCUGCAGGGGACAAAGGAGGGAGGUCCGGUCAGGAUGGGGGUGUUGUUCCAGCAGCCUCCCGGCCAGGGCCAUCUCCUGUCACUGUGGUAUGCCACGGUUUGGGAGGAGGAGGCCUGGGCCUCUCCAGUGCAGAGGCAGAGGGCGGCAGUUGAGGACGAAGCCUGGACUGGGUGGUAGUUUCACAGACAUGAUGGUUUCGGGUGACCAGGCAUUCACGAGGACAAGGUUCAGAAAUUGUACAGCCAGCUGGAAAGACAUGAAAGUUUGCACCUGUCUCCCUCUCCUUCAGAAACGAAAUACAAAUUUCAAAAAUUAAACAGUUAGGUGAUGACGUUGA